CGUUUUCUGUUUAUUACAGAAUUUGUGAGGUAAAUAGGCUAUAACCUGAGAACUUUCAUGUGAGGACACUUUUUUCAAAAUGGCCACCAAAAUUCAACAAAAUACAUGGGCAGAAUAAGCACAUAAGAGGAAUGAGUAGCUUUCUGGUUUCACUUCUAUUUGGCCUAUCUAUUAAGAAUUACUGUUGACAAAAGGUUGUGAAGCAGUGGCACAACAGUAUAUAUACUGGAAGCUUUGAAGAUAUUCAGAAUAAGACAAAAGAUAGCGGCAACAUGGAGGACGGCGAGUGGGAUUUCCACAGUUACUAUGACAAGGACAGUGAACAAGGGGAUAUCAGCUAUGAGGCGAAUUCGGAACACACAACAUCCUACAUCAUUGUUUAUAUACUGACGAUUGUGAUAUCAUUACCUGGAAACCUGUGCAUCGUGCUGUCUGUUUGGCGCAAGAAAGCCCUGAAUGACGCUGUCUGGUACAUGCUUGCUGCCAUUUCCUUAUCGCUGGCAAUUCACAAUAUUACGACCACUUUUUAUUUAGUUUAUACGAUAGAAGUCUCAUGGACCUUUGGAUUGGCCCUCUGCAGAUUAGUUCCGUUUAUAAACAUGACGACGAUUAUUUUCACAUGCUUAAGUUUUGCCGCAAUAUGCAUCAUAAGGCUUCUGUCGCAUAGUGUGAUGAAGCGUAGUUUCCGGGAACACCCAAAGUAUAAUUCAGCGAUCGGUCUCACCAUCAUUGCUAUUAUUUCCAUUGUUGUCUGUAUUCCGAUAGCAAUUUUCCAUAAUGUUGAAAAUUCCGGCGAGCAUAAAUUAUGCAUACUAACAUCUCAAACUUUGCAUUCACACAUCAUGUGGAAUACUCUUUUCAUACUAUCGUUUGCUGUACCGUUUACUAUUCUAUGGUCCGUCAACCCUCUGAUGUAUUUUUACCGCCGUAAAUUCUUCUCAGCGAUGUCAACAGAAACGUUCUCUUCAAAUGGGAAGAGCGAAAAUCAGAUGACUUUUCUGCUGUUUAUGUUCGCUUUAUCGUUCACUUUCCUGCUUGGCCCAUUGGAAAUUCUAUAUACAUUGCACUACUUUGAUGUUGCGCAACUUACUACAAAGGCGAUAAAAGUGACCUACUCACUUUAUAGCUUCUUUCCAGCUUCCAUACCUUUGAUAUAUUUUGCAAGUUUCUACAGCACUUCGUCAGGGAUCCUUUUCCACAGCACUUCAUCAGGGAUCCUUUUCCGCAGAACUUCUUCAGGGAUUCUAUACACAAGCGUGUAAAUAUAAUGGUGAAUGGACAUUUCCAUUAAGCCAAGCUUCUUGGAUAUUGUUGCUAAGAUCCCACCAAAACGUCAUUGUAAAAACAUGUGCAUCUUUAGGAAAGUACUUGUGUUUUGCAAGACAUGAGCGUGUUCAGUUGUUAAAUUUAAUUGCAUUCUUGAAAGGUAAAUGAACCUAGCCAAUAAACAGUCUGAUGUCUAAAGCUCAUAUUAAUGUGAAUAAUAUCCGCUUUUGUGAAUAAACAUCUGAAAUUAAAUAAUAAAACUUAGUGUAAUUUUACGCGGCUAGCUUAGUCGUCUGAAUGUACAUAUUUGUACACUAUUUAGUUUAUAAAAAUAAUAGUUUACAAUAUAUACCACAAUACAUCAGAAUAGACAUUAUCAUGCUUAUAUUUUUAACAUAUCUCUAUUUACUGCAAACUCUCCUUUAGAAUGGAAACAAGUAAUAGUAACUCCAUACAAGGAAAGGGAUAAAGCUGAAUUUUAUGCAGGUAGUUUAGUAGUCUGAAUGUAAAUAUUUGUACACUAUUUGGUUUGGUAGAACAAUACAUACCACAAUACAUCAGAAUAGACAUUAUCAUGCCUAUAUUUUUAACAUAUCUCUAUUUACUUCAAACUUUCCUUUAGAAUGGAAACAAGCAAUAGUAACUCCUAUUAUACAAGGAAGGGGAUAAAGCAGAUUACAGACCUAUUUCUGUUCUACCAUUAGUAACUAAGAUUAUUGAAUGUGCUGUACACAAACAAUUAUAUGACUAUUUGACAAAAGAAAAUAUUUUGAAUGAAUCAUAGUCUGGCUUUUAGAAAAAAAAAACCCAUUCAACUAACACUACCCUGAGCGAUGUGUCUGAUUAUGUUCUUAAUUUAAAUAAUGGAAAGGGCCACUGCUGCCAUUUUUAUAGAUUUAAAUACGGUCUUCUUAAAGCUCUACAAAAAUGGAAUUCGUGAAUCAGCUCUAAAUUGGUUUGUUUCUUAUCUUAAUAAUAGAUCUCAAAUUGUUCAAAUCAAUUAAACAAAAUCUGAUUCUAUAAAAAUUAAUAUUGGUUUAUCUUAGGAUCAUUAUUAUUCAUAAUUAAUGUUAAUUCUUUACCCAAUGCUAUCCAAUGUAAAUGUGUAAUGUAUGCCCAUGACAACUAUUUUGUGCAAUUCUUUUUUCAAAAUGGGCUUGAUUUUAAUUUUAAUGAAACUGCUAAUUGGUUUGGUAAAAACAAAUUGACGUUAAAUAUUUUUUUUUUAAACUAAAUUUAUGAUUUUCGGUUCAAACACAAUUUUAAAAUAUCUCAUUAUCCUAUAAUGGAAAAUCUAUUGACAGUUGAUUCAUUCAAAUAUCUUGGAAUUGUAUUUGAUCAUAAAUUAAAAUGGUCUGAACAUAUUAACAAGCAAUAUUUAUAACAAAUUGGUGUUAUCUGACUGUUUACUCUUAAGAUGUUGGCUAAUACUCUGUUAGCCCCUUUUUGAUUAUUGCAGUUGUGUGUGUUCCAACUGUAAUAGUUAUCUUUCCAAUUCGCUUCAAGUUCUUGUAAAUAGAUUGGGAAGAAUUUUACUGUCUGCUGACAAAAAAACUCCAAUUGCUGAUAUUUUAAAUGUAUUAGAAUGGAGUAAACUUUGUGAAAAUGGAACAACAUCUACAUGUUUCGAAUGAGUGUUUCAGUGAAUAUUCUCAAUAUUAUCUAUCACAUAAUUUUAUGUUUAAUGACUGUCUGCACUCACAUUGUACUAGAAGUCAAAGUAAAAAUACUCUUUAUGAACAGUCUUUGAGUAAUAUGCAAGGUAAAAGAACAUUCGUAUACCAGUGUACUAAGCUCUGGAAUAAACUCCCAGAUGAUAUUAAAAUAAAAUUUUAAUCUAUGACAGUUUCAAAAUUUAAAAUUUUUAUAUCAGGUUUGUAAAAUCUAAAACAAAUAUUUCCUUUAUAUAUAUAUUUUUUCAUAAAUGUAUUUUUUAUUUUUUAACUAUAAUAUAUUAUUCUUUCUUUUUAUUAUUGUAUAUACAUAUAAAGUUCAUUGUUUGUUAAUACUUAACCACUGUGGAAAUCAAUGUUUUAGUACUGAAAGUGUCAUUCAGUAUAAAGAAAGGAUAAAUAAAUAAAUGAAAGUCAUAUUA